AUGGCGGAUUUCGAGGUUGCACUGACCACAGAUGCUGUUGGAGAUACUUUCUGUAUAUCUCUAUGGGAUUUGGCCACGGGCAUGCAGCUAAAAGUUUACAAAGGAGGAUGCUGUCCUUCGCGGUGCGUCUGCCUGCUUGGUAAAGAUUAUAUCAUGGCCUCACAGGUUAAUAAACCCAUAAUCCACGUGUGGAAUACUGCGAAGGUAAACAAAUAUGAAAAUUCAGUGAUAUCUAUACUUCCCAGGCAGCCCACGCUGAAAAUAUAUAUUCAACUUCUUAAAUGCAAUAAAUAAACAGUUUGUAGCAGUCCUACGUAGUCCUUGUUUUGUGUGCUGUAUGUUGAUAUCAUAAGAGAGGCUAGGGGUGUUCUCACGUACAGUGUAUGUCCUAUAAAUGAAUGAUGAUGAUGAUGAUGAUUUUAGCAGUUUGUUGAAUGGUCACUCAUGAACCUGUUAACUAGUAGGAAUCAGCAAAACCUUGAUCAUGGAUCAUAUCAACCCCUGUAACUCUAUCUUAAUUAAGACCUUAGGUCAUUAAAUGACUCGGGUACAAGGCAAUUUCAAAACCACCCAUAAGUCAGAAGUGUCUACAUUGGCUAGAGUUUCAGAAAUCACAUUCCUGUUUGUUUGUUCAUAGGAGUCAGUUCAGACCAGACUUAUUUGUCCCGGAAAAGUAACAUCUGUGACGUGUUCCCCUGAUGGCACUUACUGUGUGGCAGCUUGUGGAGAAAAGAUUUAUGUCUGGCAGGUACUUCUGAUGGUCAUCCCUCACCAAAAUAUAAGUUUCUCCUAGGUAUUGCUAUAGAUUCCACAUGGUGUAUGUUGAGAGAAUUGUGUCAAUAGCAGGACAAGAUAUGUAUUGACAUGUAAACUGCCACUACUGUAAAUUUAUUGAGUCUUUCCCCUUCCUUAUGCUGCUCCAUGACUGGAGAGAGCUGGCCUCUCUCUGCAGGCCAGUAGCCUGCUUGAAACUUGAAACAUAAACUAAGGCAAUUGCUGGUCUAGCCAAGAUUUUUUACUCUGAUGUGGGUUCCAAAACAAGACCAGAAGUGAAGUCUAAGGUCUCUUCUGGUCAAGGAUAUCAUUGGAUUAUCCCCAUUUCUUAUUUGUUUUGCUGUCUUUCCUCAGACAAUUACUUAGGGCUGCUCUAUGUAUUCUUGUACAAUAACCAUCCAAGAUAAUUUUCAGUUUUCUAGGGAUUAUAUUUGUGUCCAUGUUGAUGAGAAACUAUUCUUCCUCCAUCAACAUAAAGUUAAUUCCUGUUGUUUUUCUCUUUCCCUAAAGGUAGCAAGUGGUAAUUUGUUAGUAAUUUUGUCACGUCAUUAUCAACGUGUCUCUUGUCUGAAAUUCACUGAUGAUGGCUCUCACUUCUUGUCAUCCGGGGAAGAUAACUUGGUGUUGGUGUGGAAAAUGGCAAGGUAUACUUAACCAUGUUUAGUUUAAUCUCAGUUGCUAUCACUCCAUAUUAAAGUAUGUCUAUCAGAUGAAAAGUAUGGAAGUUUUUUUGCAGACUCCAACUUACAUCAACUAGAAUAAUAAUGCUUAUUGUAUCUCCCACUUAUCUCAUACUUAUUGUAUCUCUCACUUGCCACAGUCUUAUCCCCACCAAUAAUGGUGUGGGUUUUGGUAUUUGUUUCUUUAGGAUUUUGUCACUUGCGUCAAGUGCUACAGGAGCAUUUGAAUCAGCCUUGAGUCCUUAUUAUACUUGGUCUGACCACGCCCUCCCAGUUACCGAUAUUCACUGUGGCUGUGGUGGUAUGAGAGGUCAUGUGAUCACCUCUUCUCUUGAUCAAACAUGUAAGGUAAAGUUUCACAUCAAAGCUUAAAAUUUUAUUAAUUGCUAAUGCACAGCAAUAUUGCUAGAAAAAUACACUGGGAAAUGAUAGAAAUGAACUCGAGGGGAGAGGAAACACAGGAGACUCCAUCUUUUCCUCGUGGCAGUGACUCCAUAUUGUCCAUUGUAUGUCUCUUUAUAAUUCCAUGAAACAUUAGAGCUGCCUCAAACCUAAAAUUAAGUACCACAAACAACAGCACUAAUAGUUUUGAAAGUCUGACUUAUGAAAUUCUUGGACACUUUUAUUGUAACUUAUAAUGGUAAUCUCUUGUGUCAGUCUGACGUAUAUGAUCAAAAUGGUGAGAGAAGUGUGUGUGGAAGGGUGAUUGUAGAAACUGUAGCAUGAAUCAGGAAAACUGAAAUUUGUGUGAAUAAAUGGCAAAAAAAUAUUAUCCAGGUUCACUUUAUCCAGCAGAUGUUUGGAUUGAGACACUUAGUUAUGUAUAAGAGAGUGGCAUACAUGUAACAUUUAAAGUCCUCAGUUUAUAUAUUGUUUUCCUUUGUAGUUGUAUGACCUGAGUUCUGGGGAGCUCUUGUGUUCAUUCAUUUUUAAUGUUGGAGUCACUGCUGUAACCAUGGAUACCUCAGAACAGAGUUUGUUUGCAGGAUGUACCAAUGGGCACAUUUACCAAGUAGAACUUUCCAGACGGGUAUGAACCCUAGGUUAAAGCAGGGAUCAAUAUAGGUUUCUGGGAAACUGCCACCUACCCUUCCCCUAAGCCAACAUUAUCACUUACCUCUCACUUGGGGCAAAAUGUUGGCUUAGGGUUGGGUAGGUGGGCAGUUUCCCAGGAACCUGGAUUGAUCCAGGGAUCAAUAUAAAGCUGUAGUGUUUUUAGUUUUUCUGUAGCUGUAUGAACAGAGGAGCUGCAUAUCUAUACUUCCCUUACCAGUUACAGAUGCUCAGUGAAGUACCAUUAAGGAAAUUAAAUCAUUAUAGCAACUGUUAUUUUAUUUAUCAAAGUGACCCCUUAUUCUUUUUUCCCUUUCAUUUUUCACUGAUUAAAGGAUGCAAAUUAAGCUUUAAUUGUAACUGAGGACCUAUACACUCUGGCAAAAUAUGAUAAGAUCUAGAUAACUUUCAGGUUUUUUUUUAAUUUCUAACAAUCACCUCUAUCUCUCUUAUAUGGAAGAAACAUUUUAAUAAUACUAUAAUCUUUUUUAUAAUGCGCCAUCUUUGAUGUGAUUUUCAGGGUAUGAAGAAUAAUAUUCACAUGGAAAAAGAAGAAUCACUAAUCUUCACUGGUCACAGGUAUUUAAUUUUUCUUUAAUGACGGGUUAAUUUAGAUCUUAUCUUCUGCCAAAUGUUCACACUUUUCAGUUGGUUGACAUAGUGAUCAAAAGGAUGAACCACUUUCCAGUGCAAAAGAAACAUAGCCACCUCUGCCAUUUUUAGUAACCAUCGGCAUGGAACUCAUUCUUUCUCCCAGGGUACUUUUUUUUAAAAAUAUGUCAUCAUCAAUGAUACUUUUAACUCACUCACACAACCCUUUUAUAACAAAGACUCCAAAAUAAUGACUUUUUUCACCAAAUUAUUGAAGUAAAAUGUAUGGGGACAAGCCCCAGAUAUAACCAACACAUUUUAAAGUCUCUUAGCAUGUAGAUCAAGGUUUCACUGUUACAUAAAUCAGUAUUGACUGAUUUUGUUCCUCUCUGCUAGUAAACAAGUGAACAGUGUAGCCGUCAGCAUGGAUGGCUCUCUUCUCUUGUCAGGCUCUGAAGAUCAAACUGCGCGUGUUUGGCACGUUUACAGCAGACAAUGUCUGAGGGUGCUGAAUCACAGAGGUAAUAUGAACCUUUUGUUUGGACUCCAGUCAGUUCUUGCUUUGCGGACACCUCACUAUUACAGACACAUCAACAAUACCUAUAGCAACUACACCCCUCGGCAAAAAAGUUAUUACACUGGUUUGACUAAAUUUAUCUUCCAGUGUUACUGACUCCCCAGGGGAGGGGAGGUAUCCAACAAAGUUUUUUAUGGGAGGCCCCGCCCCAAGGUCCAACCUCUUAUAUUUUUAUACACAUUUUUGCCAGAAAUGGUACUCCUUUCAUAUACCUUCUAUUGACAAAAUAAUGGUAUCCUUUGGACAUACCUAGUUUAGAAAUUCACAUCGCUUUUAAAUGCUGAAAAAUAAACCUCAAACAAGAGCGUUUUCUCGACUUUUUCACUGCCAUAAAAUGCAUCUGUCAGUCCUGUUGGCCUUUUAACACACCAAAAUGACAGAUUUCCCUACCCUUUCACACACUUCAGCAAGCAGCGACAAUAUCAUGUGAUGGAGAGGAGAAGUGUGACGUCACGUUACCAUGGUAACAAAAUUUCUGGAUCACAACAAUAGUGAGCUUAAGGUGACGUUACACAAAACGAUUCGCAACGACGAUUUUUAGCGCAACACAGUUUUGCUAUGUUGGAACAGUGUUGCAAUCAUUUGAAACAAUGUUGCAACGCUGUUUUGCGCUAAAAAUCGUCGUUGCAAAUUGUCCCGUGGAAAACUGCCUAAUUUAACUCGCCCGCUUUAUGGAUUAGGUGAACACAACACAAAAAUUUCUAUUUCUUUUUGUUACCUUAGAGACGGUCCCUUCAGACUCAACCCCGGAAAAUUUUGCCAAAAUCUGACAAAUUAAAUGAAAUUGAAUAGGAUCGAUAAAACAGUGCGAAUUCACUUUUUAAGUGACGUUUUCCGUUUGUUGUCACUCAGAAAUUUUACUGCCAUGGCAACGUGAUGAACUGACUUCUGCUCUCUAUAAUAUAUAAGCUUUGGUUAGGCUUUUGUACAUUAUGCUUUUGCUUCCCCACUAAAAUGCUCCACCUUAAUGCUCCAUUUUUCCCACUAAAAUGCUCGGUCUCCCCAAAAAAGUCACUAAAAUGCUUGGAUAAUGCUCAUUAUACAAACGGUUUUUAAAAUUAAUUUUAAAGUUUACACUUACAAAAACGUGCAAGUGUUGCGAGUAACAACGACAACGUGUACAAGUUCAUAAAUACAACCAAAAGAAAGAGCUUUAUAAGGUUUUUUGUGAAUUUUGAGUUGUAGUCUUCAUUUUCUUUAAAAAAGCAGGAGCUCAUGGGGCAUGGGCUCCUGAAAAAAGUUAAUUUCUAUUUUAUUUUCUCGGAAAAAAUUAAUUUUCCGGGGAAAAUGCCACUAAAAUGCUCGAAUAAUGCUCAAUGCUUUUGCCUCACUAAAAUGCUCGAAAAAAUGCUAGCAUAAUGUACAAAAGCCUAGCUUUGGCAGCCUUCAACAACCAAGCCGGCUACCAUGUUUCUUUGCAGGCGGGGUGACAAACGCUUGUAUCGUCCCCAGGCCCCUCUAUCUUGACAGUGCCCCUACAAAGUCUUCCCUAUCUCCGAUACAGCCUUUUAAAAGACACAUGCAUGUACCAGUACAGUCACGUGAUCGUCAGUUGACGGGUCUUUCAAGUUCAACUGAUGGCGGCGAAUCUCACUCAGAUGGCAUUCCCAUGGUCCUUAGGGGGAAAUUGUUCGCUGAGGUAUGAUAAUGGUAACUAGGAAAUCUCAAUUUGGACUCAGCGUGGUACAAGGUGGUUUUAAUGAGCGAGCCUGUGACCAUUCAAAUGAAAGUUUCUGAGCUCUGCACAGUAUUUUAAAGCUUUUGUAAGCAGAAGGUUCUAAAUUUUGAGUCUGAGGAUGAAAUCCUCUCGUAUAACCGUGCUGCCACCAUAAAACAUAAGAAAGAUCACGGUACGGAUAUCUCUUUUACCGUGCUGAAAAUUUUCGAAUAGCUUACCAACCAAAAUUUGCAAUUUUUUCAUUUUUUUCUGAUCCUAAGCAUUAUUAUCUUUAAUCUGUGUGUUAGAUAACCGAUGCAGUUUUUUUUUUUUGAUUGUCAGGGAAACAAUCUAGAAAAUUUCGAGGACAAGCGUGAUGUGAUGGUGCGACAAAUUCUCAAUGAUGUAAGUGCCUUUGAUCUUAAGCUGCGUUAUAUUUUCUCUGUAAGUUAAAUACAGAGCCUCGUAUGGCUAUUUCCGACGAAACCGAAGCGGCGAUGAUCGCUAUUGAUGAAGCGAUGAUCUUAGAGAUUAAAGCGACGAUUGCAUGGUCCAGCUGAUGGUCUUUCCAAUCAAGCUAAACAACGUUAGUCUUGCAAUGACAUCUGCCUGAAAUUGUACUGCGCGUUCAGAGUUUUAAACCUGCUGCAUUUUUAUUUUCUCGUUUCGGUCAUGAUUGUGGUUGCGCUGAGCUCGCUGGUAGCGUUACCACGCAAAACAAUUCUUGAUAUGCGACAAUUGUACCUGAAAAAUCGAUUAUUUGAUGGAAAACGUGCGACGAAAUCGACGUCCGCAAGCACCCAUACAGAGGCUCGGGUAAGAAAUAAGGGAAACAAUCAUCAAACCUCUGCCUUCAAACUUACUCUCCUAAGCGACAAGCUCUAGUAAUCACCAGGUUUUUAACAAACUUGACAUGGUCACUUAAUGAGAUGAUGUACUUACCGAAUUGUUUUCAUGUUAGGUCGCCAAGUUUGACGGACACGAUGCUGGACUAGAAGAGAAGCGAAAGCUAUCUCGUACGGAACUGGAGGAGGAAUUAGAAAGUGUCAGACGAGUAAACCGAAAGUUUUACAGAUUUGCAGUGGACGAGUUAAUGAAAGAGGUCUAUGAAGUCACAGAGAAAGAUGGUACCUGA